AUGAGCCUCCUGCGCCACCGCCAUCAGCCUCCUGCGCCGCCGCCAUCAGCCUCCUGCACCGCCGCCAUGAGCCUCCUGCGCCGCCAUCAGCCUCCUGCGCCGCCGCCAUCAGCCUCCUGCACCGCCGCCAUGAGCCUCCUGCACCGCCGCCAUGAGCCUCCUGCACCGCCGCCAUCAGCCUCCUGCACCGCCGCCAUGAGCCUCCUGCGCCGCCGCCAUGAGCCUCCUGCACCGCCGCCAUGA